UAUAUAUACAUGUAUGUAUAAUUAGGUACUGAAUUUGGAUCUGAGGUGGAUUUAUCUAAAUUGGAUCUAAUAAUUAAAAUUAAGAAAAAAGAAAAAUGGAGGAAAGUAAAUUAUGUUCAUGGACAGUUUUUAGAUCCAUUUUUGCUAUAUUUCAGUGGUGGAGCUUUAAUGUUGCUGUCAUUAUCAUGAACAAAUGGAUCUUUCAGAAACUUGAUUUUAAGUUCCCUUUGACGGUAUCAAGUGUACACUUUAUAUGCUCAUCGAUUGGAGCAUAUAUUGCGAUCAAAGUGCUGAAGGUUAAACCACUUAUAUCUGUUGAACCGGAAGAUCGAUGGAGAAGGAUCUUUCCUAUGUCAUUUGUGUUUUGUAUGAAUAUAGUUUUGGGGAAUGUCAGCCUGCGUUACAUACCCGUUUCAUUUAUGCAAACAAUCAAGUCAUUUACUCCAGCUACAACAGUCAUUUUGCAGUGGUUGGUAUGGAGAAAGUACUUUGACUGGAGAAUUUGGGCUUCCCUAGUUCCAAUUGUUGGAGGGAUAUUUCUUACGUCUGUUACAGAACUUAGCUUUAACACAUUCGGGUUCUGUGCUGCUUUAUUUGGGUGUCUUGCCACGUCUACAAAAACUAUUCUUGCAGAGUCUUUGCUUCAUGGAUAUAAGUUCGACAGCAUAAAUACAGUGUACUACAUGGCCCCAUUUGCAACUAUGAUACUGGCAAUCCCAGCACUGCUUCUAGAGGGAGCAGGAGUCGUGGAAUGGAUUAGAACAAACCCAGCACCCAUGUCAGCCUUCAUUAUUAUUAUUGGCUCAGGAGUAACAGCAUUUUGUCUUAACUUUUCUAUAUUCUAUGUCAUCCAUUCAACAACCGCUGUGACCUUCAAUGUUGCUGGAAAUCUUAAGGUGGCAUUUGCGGUUGCAUUCUCAUGGAUGAUAUUUAAGAAUCCAAUUUCGCCUUCGAACGCAUUUGGAUGUGCUAUAACGCUUGUAGGAUGUACUUUCUAUGGAUAUGUAAGACACAAGCUUGCUAACCAAUUACCAGGAACCCCUCGUACACCACGGACCCCGCGGUCUCGUAUGGAAAUGGCUCCACUUGUAAACGAUAAAAUAGAUGAUAAAGUUUAGUUCUGUUAUCGGUGUUUAGAAAUAUAAUUAUUUUACUGAAGUGUUGAUGCAGUUUUUAGUCGCUAUUCGAGAAUACAAGGGGACGCCUUAUAUAUUUUGCCUUUAAAAUUUAAUUAGUAUGUGUUCAGCAGGAUAUAAUAUAAUUUUGUCAAUUAUUAAUAUAAUGUGUUAUCUUUUUGAUCACCGAUUCACUGAUA